GAUGGCGUCAUCCGCUGCGCGAGGCCGGCCGGCCGUGAUUGAGGCGGCGGGGAGGCGGCAGCAGCAGCAAGAGCGGCUUCGCGGGCAGCAUGAGCGGCUGUGGGCUCUUCUUGUGCGCGGUGGCGGCGCGCUUCUGCCGCGCCCCAGCGGCCUUCACCGUGAGCCGGCGCCCGCUGCUCACCAGUCCGCCGAGCCGAGCUUUCGCCAAGGAGCUCUUCCUGGGCAAGAUCCAGAAGAAAGAAGCUUUCCCGUUUCCAGAGGUUAGCCGAGAUGAACUUAAUGAGAUUAAUCAGUUUCUGGGACCUGUAGAAAAAUUCUUCACCGAAGAAGUGGACUCUCGAAAAAUUGACCAGGAGGGGAAAAUCCCAGAUGAAACUUUAGAGAAACUGAAGUCCCUGGGGCUUUUUGGAAUGCAAGUCCCAGAAGAAUAUGGUGGCCUGGGCCUCUCCAACACCAUGUACGCGCGGCUGGCGGAGGUCAUCGGCCUGGACGCCUCCAUCGCUGUCACUCUGGCGGCUCACCAGGCCAUCGGCCUCAAGGGCAUCAUCUUGGCCGGCAGCAAGGAGCAGAAGGCCAGGUACCUGCCCAGGCUGGCGUCCGGGGAGCACGUGGCCGCCUUCUGUCUGACGGAGCCAGCCAGUGGGAGCGAUGCCGCCUCCAUCCGGACCAGGGCCACGCUAAGUGCAGAUAAGAGUCACUAUGUCCUCAACGGCUCCAAGGUCUGGAUCACCAAUGGAGGACUGGCCGACGUCUUUACUGUGUUUGCAAAAACGGAAGUCGUUGAUUCCGACGGCUCAGUGAAGGACAAGAUCACAGCAUUCAUAGUAGAAAGAGACUUCGGUGGCAUCACCAACGGGAAACCCGAGGAUAAGAUGGGCAUCCGAGGCUCCAACACCUGUGAGGUCCACUUUGAGAACACCAGGGUGCCCGUGGAGAACGUCCUCGGAGAAGUCGGAGGUGGCUUUAAGGUGGCCAUGAACAUCCUCAACAGCGGGCGCUUCAGCAUGGGCAGCAUGGUGGCCGGGAUGCUCAAGAAGCUGAUCGGUGGAAAUGACCGCCGAAUACGCCUGCACGAGGAAACAGUUCAACAGGAACCUCAGGAUUCGGGGCGAAGACGAGCUUGCCCCCGGCUUGGUGCCCCUGGCCCCAGGUUCACUCUGCGGCUUGGCGGGCCUGGGUGUCCGUGCAGCACAUCUGUCUUGACUGUUCUGAACACUCCAGGAGAAGUUUGCCCUGAUGGCGCAGAAGGCCUACGUGAUGGAAAGCAUGGCCUACCUCACGGCGGCGAUGCUGGACGCACCUGGCUUCCCCGACUGCUCCAUCGAGGCCGCCAUGGUGAAGGUGUUCAGCUCCGAGGGUGCCUGGACAUGCGUGAGCGAGGCACUGCAGAUCCUCGGCGGCUCGGGCUACAUCAGGGACUACCCGUACGAGCGCUUGCUGCGCGACAGCCGCAUCCUGCUCAUCUUCGAGGGAACCAACGAGAUCCUCCGCAUGUACAUCGCCCUGACGGGCCUGCAGCACGCCGGCCGCAUUCUGACCGCAAGGGUCAAGGAGCUCAAACGGGGCAACAUGACUACCAUCAUGGAGACCGUCGGCCAGAGGCUUCGGGACUCCCUGGGCCGCACAGUGGACCUGGGACUGACUGGGAAGCUUGGAGUUGUGCACCCCAGCCUUGCGGACGGCGCCCACAAGCUCGAGGAAAACGUGUACUACUUUGGCCGCUCUGUGGAGACCCUGCUGCUUCGCUUCGGCAAGACCAUCGUGGAGGAGCAGCUGGUCUUGAAGCGAGUGGCCAAUGUACUCAUCAACCUGUACGGGAUGACGGCCGUGCUGUCUCGGGCCAGCCGCUCCAUGCGCCUGGGGCUGCGGGACCACGACCACGAGGUUCUGUUGGCCAACAUCUUCUGCUCAGAGGCUUAUCACCAGAAUCUCUUCACCCUGUCUCAGCUGGACAAGCAUUCUCCAGAAAACCUGGAUGACCUGGUCAAGAAGGUGUCCCAGCAGAUCCUCGAGAAGCGGGCCUACGUCUGCACCCACCCCCUAGAUCGGACGUCCUGAAGAGGGCCCGCGUCCCCACGGCCGCCGCCCUGGACACGCCACAGCGGCCCGAAGGCGGAGAACGUGGUUUAUUACAAACCAACCGUUUCUCCUCUUCACCCGACCUGUGGGCACCGCUGCUGGAUGUGUUCUUGGCCUGUGAGUGGACGCGGGGUAAGCAUGGAGCUGCAGAGACUCGCCGGCUCGGGGGGCACCCGGAGGAGGCUGGCAGGCACAGGUCCCGGCAUAGGGGCUACGUCUGUGAGGCCACACGUUCUCCAAGAAACAGCUCAAAAACUG